AUGGAGGCAUCAUUGUUAAUGAUUUCUAGACUGUCAUUACCCGAUGAUGCAUCUUCUUUAGGAAUUGGUGCAAUCAUGUUUGUGGACAGAAUGGAUGUUUCAGUUGCUACUCUAGUUACAAGUGGAAUGCCAUUUUUAAAAAGCACGGAGAAGAAACUCUCUGUUAGUCAACGACGGGAAAUCGCGUCAUACAAAAAUGGUCUUCGCUGUAAAAUUUUUAAUAUUUCCGGCAACACUUACAAGGGGGAGUGGAAGAAUAACAAGAGACACGCUAUGGGCAAUGUAGCAUCUUCACUGUUUACAUUCUUUGAUCGAGUACCUGUUUUAAUAUAUAUACAGACGCCACCACACCUUAUAUUUAGAUCCGCAGAAGGUCAGGGAAUAAGUUAUUAUGCUGAUGGGAGCUAUUAUGAUGGUGCUUGGUUAGACAACAAACGCCAUGGCCGUGGGCGUAUGUGGUUUGCCGAUGGAACAUUCUAUGAAGGUGAAUGGAAAAAUGACCAAUUUCAUGGCCUUGGACUUUAUGCCUAUGCCAAUGGAAAUCGCUAUGAAGGAGAAUGGAAAUGUGGUCUUAAGAAUGGAUGUGGUCGGUACUAUCAUUUGGACAGUGGACAGUUGCAAGAAGGAGUGUGGGUUAAUGGAAACUGUUCCUGUAGUACCAUGACCGAUAUAUACUAUCGGCAAACAGCUAAGGAUCCAACACAGUAUCCCAUUCCAGAGUGCUGUAUGCAGGAAUCUGACAGUUUGUAUCAGAGCUGGAAAGAGUCCCUACUUUAA